AGAAGAGGACUGUGUCCCGGCUGAUCACAACAGGAAAUAAAACAACAGCGUUUGAGCACCCGACAGGCAAACCCGGGAAUGAUUCUGUAGGAGGAGGAAUGCAGCAACAACCUGAAAGAAAAUCAAUCUUUUGGCUGCUGUGUCUCUUUAUAGUAUUAUCUGAGACACAAAAUCAAUGGGUCCAAGCACAGCAUUGUGUGUGGUAUGGAGAAUGUGGGGAGUCGGUGCUGGUCCCUGGGAAAAGGUAUAACUGUAACUACACGGGUCCUCCCAUCCCUCUACCGGAGGAAGGUCAUGACCUGCUACUGGAGCUGUGUCCAGGCUUUGACUAUGGGAACAGGAGCCUGUGUUGUGAUGUUCAGCAGUUGCAGACCCUCAAAAAUAGUCUUCAGUUACCUCUUCAGUUCUUAUCCAGGUGUCCAGCAUGCUUCUACAACCUCAUGAGCCUGUUCUGUGAGCUGACUUGUAGUCCCAGGCAAAGCCAGUUCCUCAACCCCACAGAUUUUUCCCCAGACCCAGCUCACAACAAGAGCAAUGUCAAAGAGCUCAGUUACUACAUCAGCAACAGGUUCGCUAACGCCAUGUACAAUGCCUGCAAGGAUGUACAGGCUCCAUCCAGCAAUGUCAAAGCCUUGUCUUUGCUGUGUGGGCGGGACGCCAGCGAAUGCACACCCACCAACUGGAUCCAGUAUAUGUUCGACCCCAACAAUGGACAGGCACCAUUUGCUAUUGAUCCCGUUUUCACAGACGUGCCUGUGUCUGAGAAGACCCCCAUGGAUAACCAGACGUACGGCUGUACAGAGGCUCUUGAGGAUGGGUCUGGACCCUGCUCCUGUCAGGACUGCAGUCAAGCCUGUGGGCCCAAACCUGUGGCCCCGCCCGUCCCUCCACCCUGGACCAUCCUGGGCCAGGACGCCAUGGUCGUCAUCAUGUGGCUGUCCUACGUGGCCUUCCUCUUCCUCUUCAUCGGCACCAUUCUUGGAACCUGGUGCUACAGAAAGAGAAGGAUCAUGUCUGAAUAUGGCCCCAUACAAGACAGCAACCUUCCACAUUCAAUCAACAAUGACCCAGUUGACCCAGCUCACGCCACGUGCUGCGAGACUGUCGGCGAGCGUUUCGAGAGCGCCCUCCGUCAGCUAUUCAGCCACUGGGGCUCUCUGUGCGUGCGCCAUCCGCUGCCCGUGAUCCUGUCCAGUCUGGUUUUGGUGGCCAGCUGUUCGGCGGGUCUGGUCUACAUGCAGGUGACCACGGACCCGGUGCAACUGUGGUCCUCCCCCUCCAGCCAGGCCCGGCAGGAGAAGGACUACUUUGAUAGCCACUUUGGGCCGUUCUACCGUACUGAACAACUCAUCAUCACCACUGUCAAUGGGUCCUGGGACACCUUCCAGCCGAACAUGGGGCCUGACGUGCCCUUUGGACCCCCUUUGGCCAAAGACAUUCUCCACCAGGUGUUGGAUCUGCAGACCGACAUUGAGAAUCUGGAGGCCAAGUAUGACGGGCAGACGGUGAAACUGAAGGACAUCUGUUUGGCUCCUCUGGCACCUUAUAAUGACAACUGUACCAUACUGAGCGUGCUCAACUACUACCAGAACAGCCACCAGGUUCUCGACCACAUCAUCCAAGAUGAGUUCUUGGUCUAUGCAGACUACCACAGUCACUUCCUCUACUGUGUGAGUGCCCCGGCAUCACUGAACGACACAGGCCCCUUACAUGACCCCUGUCUGGGCACCUAUGGAGGGCCAAUCUUUCCCUGGUUGGUUCUCGGGGGCUACGACGGCACAAACUACAACAACGCCACAGCGCUCGUUAUCACUUUCCCUGUCAACAACUACCUGAAUGACACAGAGAAAAUAGGCAAGGCUCUGGCCUGGGAGAAAGAGUUCAUCAGCUUUGUGAAGAACUACAGUAAUCCAAACAUCACUAUAUCCUUCAGCGCCGAGCGAAGCAUCGAGGAUGAGAUCGACCGCGAGAGCAACAGCGACAUUGCUACCAUUGUCAUCAGUUACAUCAUCAUGUUCGUCUACAUCUCCCUGGCCCUGGGACACAUCCACAGCUUCCGGAGAAUUCUGGUGGACUCUAAGGUGUCUCUGGGCAUCGCGGGCAUUCUCAUCGUCCUGAGCUCGGUGGCAUGUUCUCUUGGCAUCUUCAGCUACGCUGGUGUACCCCUCACCCUCAUCGUCAUCGAGGUCAUCCCCUUCCUUGUCCUGGCCGUGGGCGUGGACAACAUCUUCAUCAUCGUGCAGACUUAUCAGAGGGACGUGCGCAUGCCUCAGGAAGAGCUCCACCAGCAGAUUGGCCGUAUCCUUGGAGACGUGGCCCCCAGCAUGUUUCUUUCCUCCUUCUCUGAGACUGUGGCCUUCUUUCUGGGUGCGCUGUCCAACAUGCCCGCUGUGAGGACGUUCUCUCUCUUCGCCGGCCUGGCCGUUUUUAUCGACUUCCUGCUACAAGUCAGCUGCUUCGUCUCACUGCUGGGUCUGGACGUAAAGAGGCAAGAGAGCAACCGUUUGGACAUCCUCUGCUGUGUGAAACUGUCUGAGGGCCAAGAGGAGAAGACAGAUGGAUUGCUAUUCCGUUUCUUCAAGAAGGUCUACGCGCCCUUUGUUCUGACAGACUGGAUGCGCCCUCUGGUGGUGGCUGUGUUUGUGGGUAUCCUUUCCUUCAGCAUAGCAGUAACUAAUAAAGUUGAGAUCGGACUGGACCAGACGCUCUCCAUGCCUGAUGAUUCGUAUGUGCUGGACUAUUUCCGGAACAUGAGUAAGUACCUGCACACGGGGGCUCCUGUCUACUUUGUGGUGGAGGACGGCCACGAUUACCGGACCCUGGAGGGACAGAACGCUGUGUGUGGAGGGGUGGGCUGUAACAAUGACUCUCUGGUCCAGCAAGUCUACUCAGCAUCUCUCAUCAGUGACUACACUAGGAUUGCUUUUACGCCCUCCUCUUGGCUAGAUGAUUACUUUGACUGGGUGAAACCUCAGUCUACCUGCUGCAGAUAUUACAACACUACCGGAGCAUUCUGCAACGCCUCAGUGGUGGACAAGUCCUGCAUUCACUGCAGACCCAUGACGGCCAGUGGGAAGAAGAGACCGACUGGAGAGGACUUCAUGAAGUUCCUGCCCAUGUUCCUUAUGGAUAAUCCCAACCCCAAAUGUGGGAAAGGUGGUCACGCUGCCUAUAGCACUGCGGUGGACCUCAAAGGGAACGUCACGGACGUGGGAGCUACGUACUUCAUGACUUACCACACCAUCCUGCAGAGCUCGGCAGACUUCAUAGACGCCAUGAAGAUGGCUAGAGAGCUCGCAGACAACAUCACGCACUCUAUGGAACUGGAGGGGAAAGGCUAUAAAGUCUUCCCCUACAGCGUGUUCUACGUUUUCUAUGAGCAGUACCUCACCAUUGCCCAUGACACGGCCUUUAACCUUGGUGUGUCCUUGGCGGCCAUCUUUGUGGUGUCGACGAUUCUGCUGGGUUUUGAGCUGUGGUCAGCCAUACUGGUGUGUCUUACCAUCGCUAUGAUCCUGGUCAACAUGUUCGGGGUGAUGUGGAUCUGGGGCAUUAGCCUCAAUGCCGUAUCACUGGUCAACCUGGUCAUGAGCUGUGGUAUAUCAGUGGAGUUCUGCAGUCAUAUUGUGCGGGCUUUCUCCAUCAGCACCAAGAGCACUCGGGUGGAGCGCGCUCAGGAUGCGCUGGCUCACAUGGGCAGCUCGGUGUUCAGUGGCAUUACUCUGACCAAAUUUGGAGGGAUCCUCAUCCUGGCUCUUUCCAAGUCCCAGAUAUUUCAGAUCUUUUACUUCCGCAUGUAUCUGGCCAUAGUGCUGCUGGGAGCCGCCCAUGGCCUCAUCUUCCUGCCUGUACUGCUCAGUUAUGCAGGUCCGUCUGUAAAUAAAGCUAAAGUAGCAGCCGCCCAUGAACGGUUCGUCGGCACGGAGAGAGAGCGCUUGCUCAAGUUCUAACUGCUACCCAUGUCAGCCGAGCAUGAAAGCGCCAAGAACUGUGAGGGGUGUGGUGACAGAUUCUUUAAGCGAUGAAUGACGCACACACUCACACACACACACACACACACACACACACACACACUAACACACCCCAACAGAGAAACAAAACUCAGGAGACCUUGUUGGGGGAGCUUAUGGCCUUUUCUGCCCCCCCCCUUCCAAAUAUGGGCAUUUAAGCGGUAACACCCCCCCCCCCUCCCUCGGUCGCCCCAAACGCUGCUGAACAGAACUGGACCGUUUCCUUAAACAGCACAAUAAACAUGAAGACAAGACCUGCUGACAUCUACUAGUACGCAGACAUAGUCUCAUUAUUCCCUUCAGCUAACUGGAAUGCAUCUGGAUGGUUGUCUGUGGUAUGAAAGCAACAAUGGGACUGAACCUGAAGCAUUUUUGUGCUGAUUCGAGAUUUGUGAAUAACAAAUGUGUGACUAAUCUUUUUUGUUUUGUUUUUGUUUUGUUUUUUUUAUUUAUUUGAGUUAACUAUUUUGUUAGUUUCUUACAUGAGGGGAAAAGUGGAUGCAUUAUAUGGUGGUAACUGCAGAAGGAUCAUGCAAAAAUGAAGUAAAUUUUGUAACUGAAAAACCUUAAUAUGUUAAGCGGUUGCUGUCACCAAGAACAUUCCCUUUCAAAACCGAUACCUCAAGUGACACCCUCCGUCAUCGAAUCCACUGCACGCAUUAGAGCACAAUGCACACGCACACACACACACACACACGUAAGAUUAGUGAACCCAUUUUUGGGUUAUGGAUAUGAUUUCUGAUCAUUUCUGAUCAUCCUGUGGAAAACCAGGCAGCUUUUAGCCUGCAUAGAGAAAAUAUGAUGUGCAAUUCGAUCACAUUGUUACACACUACCUACCCCCCCAACCACAGACACACACACACAUACACACGCACACACACACACACCCUGGUGCUGUUUAACUGCAGUUUUAAGUGGAGUAAAUAUGAACAUUUGAGAGGAAGAUGUCAUAGGUGUCAGAAUCAGGACUUGUGUGUAAAAGCUCCUUUUGUUUUUUUCUCCCUUGUGUUCUGUGCAAGUGGUUUUAACUUGCUCAUCUUGUGUAAAACCUCAGCCCACCCAGCAGCCCUGAAUCUUUAUCAGUUGGAGGACAAUGAUGUCAUCGAGGCUGUUAAAUAACCUUGCCUGUGAGUUGAUUUGAUAUUUAGCCUCAUUCAGAUCAGCUCAUACUCUGGCUCUCAAUGCGGUGGAUAUUUUGCUUGACAGUUAUAAAUGACCUCUAAAAACGAAAGCGACCUCUUUCAAAAGCAUCUUCAUUUAUAUGUGGAGAUAGGGAGAAGUAACAUUCCUUUAAGUGAAAAAGGGCAAAACAUGACACAUUCUCAUAUACACUGGUGAAAGCUCUUUCGCAGGUGACGGUAGUAAACUUACACAGAAAUUCAUCAACAAACUGAAGUGGGUUACCUCAGGCAUUUUAUGGCUCAGACAUUGCAGUUACUAAUAAGUGGUGUGUCUUAGCUAGAACAGUAGUGUCUGUGCUUACGAUGUUCCUCACUAGCUGAAUGUAGUAAAAUGCUGCAGACAGGGUUAACUGGCAGUUUUGAGCAUUAAAAUAAACGUUCGAGGUGAGAUGUGAGAACAGUUAGUGUUUCAUUUUCACCACUGAAAUAUCACAUCUGGACUUUCGAACAUUGUCAAACCGCUCACCUGUGCAUUCUGUGGCAAAUAAUCUAAUCCUAGAUUUGUAUGAUUUUUGAAAUAAAAGAACUAAA